UAGUGUAAUGUAUUAAUGUACGUAGGUUUUGUGGUAGUGUAAUGUAUUAAUGUACGUAGGUUUUGUGGUAGUGUAAUGUAUUAAUGUACGUAUGUUUUGUGGUAGUGUGAUGUAUUAAUGUACGUAGAUUUUGUGGUAGUGUAAUGUAUUAAUGUACGUAGGUUUUGUGGUAGUGUAAUGUAUUAAUGUACGUAGGUUUUGUGGUAGUGUAAUGUAUUAAUACACAGAAGUUUUGUGGAAGUGGAAUUGUUUGAUAUAGAGAUGUUUUGUGGAAGUGGAAUUGUUUGAUAUACACAUGUUUUGUGGAAGUGGGAUUGUUUGAUAUACACAUGUUUUGUGGAAGUGGAAUUGUUUGAUAUACACAAGUUUUGUGAAAGUGGAAUUGUUUGAUAUAGAGAUGUUUUGUGGAAGUGGAAUUGUUUGAUAUAGAGAUGUUUUGUGGAAGUGGAAUUGUUUGAUAUAGAGAUGUUUUGUGGAAGUGGAAUUGUUUGAUAUACACAAGUUUUGUGGAAGGGGAACUAUUUGAUAUACACAAGUUUUGUGGAAGUGGAGUUGUGUAAUAUACACGUUUUCUGGCCGUUGUUCUGUCCUGAAUAAUUGAUGACAAUUAUCUUCCUCUUAGUUUUAUAUCUUAUUUAAAGAAAUAAAAGAUUGGUGUGUGUUUAAACAGGGUUUAAACUUAGUACCAACUAUUGUUCAUUAGUUUGUUCAAUAAAUUAUCUUAUAGACAACGAAUGCAGUUCAAAAAGUCUCUAGUUAUCAUCAUUUUAAUGACGUACGUAAUUUUCUGUUCUGUUUGUUCUCUUUGUUAUUUUCAAAUAUAUGCACUUUUUUCGUACAUUUUAUCUCUUUCAGCAGUUUAGAACACAAACCUUCCAAAGUUAGCGGCUUGAAGAUAACAGAAGUUGACAUUGAGAAAAUGUUAUUCAAUCAAACAGUUCUUCACAGAAUCCGUUAUACAACCGAACACGUUUACACCAAAAUUCGAUGCGUCAUUUAUCACUCGGGCCAGAAGUAGACAAAGUCAACGCCUCUAUAUGAACUUGACUGGUCCACCAGAAUCUCUAGGAAAUCAUUGCCUGUGGCUCUAACCAUCAGCCGGAAGAACAAGAUUAGUAUAAAAACUAGAGCUACCGAGUUCCUUCAUUAGUCAGGUGAAUGAACCUGUGAAACCGAAAUAAAUACGUAUUAUUUAGGAGGAUGAUGCACACAUUCUUGUAGUUAGUUCUGAAACAAACACAAGAAGAAUUCUGAUCUCUGACUACACAUUUAUAAGUGAAAUAUCUUGUAUUAUAGUCGAGACAGCUGAGAGAUGACGUCUAACUUCAAAAAUAUUCUUUCUACAGUGUUCAGCUUGGUUUUUUUGUUGGCGUCCACGGUCAAUGGAAGCGAGUCCGACUGGAAGAUUCCCGCGCUGCACACUGUUCCUAGACCCAUCCAUAAAGAACUCCAUGUUCCUUAUGUGGUUCACAUUCCUCAAAAAAUCCCCAUUCCCGUAAGAUAUCCUGUCGUACGAACAAUAUCCAAGAUUAUGCCUGUGGUUAAACCAAUUUCCAUUUUUAAGAUCGUGCCCGUGGGUAGACCAGUUCCGAUCGGCAUUCCAGUUCCAGUACUCAGAACUAACCCUGUUCCUAUCGUAAAGACAAUUCCAGUACCCAAAUAUGUCAGCGUUCCAUUUCCAGUGAAAGUUCCCCACUACGUUCCUGUACCGAUUCAUAAAAUAAUAAGGAUCGCCAAGCCUGUCAAAGUUCCAGUUAAAGUUCCUGUCUUCAAGGAAAUUAUUGUGAAGAGGCCGAUAGAGGUUCCUGUACCAGUAUACGUCAAGAAGCCGUCCUAUAGUCACAGUAACACAGGAGGGCAUUGGUUUCCAGGGCAUAAUUAUGGAUUCUCGGUAGACGGAGAUCAUGACAGUGCAAGUUAUAAAGGAGGGAGUGACGACCGUACACACUAUAGCAGUGGGUGGCAAUGGGACUGACUUGAUAAAGAAUCAACAGAAAUACAACAUGAGCAGUUAAAAUAGUUGGCGCUUUAGAAUCCUUUGGUGUGAACGACACAUAUCCGGAAGUCUCUAAACAACAAGUGCUACAUGGUUGUGUUAUCUUGUAACUUAUUUCCACUUUAGAUUUGACUUUAGAUGCUUGAAUUAACUCAAGUAUAUUUAUUCAAGUCCAGUUUAGGUUUAA